GCAAACACGAGCUGGAGCACGGAAUCCAAAGGCUGCUGGCUAUGUUCGCCCGGCCUCUCCGUCGCUGCCGGCCCGCGGGCAGAUGUGCUGGGAACGUCAGGCGGCAUCAUUGACAGCAGCAGACGGGGAAAGUGAGAGACAGAGAGAGAGAAGGAGAGAAGGAGGGAGUGAGAGAGGGAGAGACAGAGAGAGAGAGAAGGAGAGAAGGAGAGAGGGAGGGAAAGACAGAGAGAGAGAGAGAAGGGGUUAAAAAAAAGUUAAGGAAAGGUGCAAUUAGUUUAAUAAAAAGUUUAGAAAAAACUUUUCUUGCUGUGGUUGUGUGUGUGUGUGUGUGUGUGUGUGUGUGUGAGAGAGAGGGAGAGAGAGAGGGGGGGGGGUUAAAAAUUAAAGGUAUUGAGAGGUGCAAUUAGUUUUUUUUAAAUGUUUAAAAAAACAUUUGCUGGGGUUGUGUGUGUGUGUGUGUGAGUGAGACGGGGAGAGGGAGAGGGAGAGGAGACGGCUGGUUUGAACCGUGGAUGAGAAGAGAGUCUUUCAUCAACCAGAGCCUGGAGCCCCUGUGUCAGAUAUGGGGACUGCCAAUAUCACUGGGAGUUUGGCCGUCCUGCUGUCCUCAUCGCUUCUCAUCUGUGCUACUGCCCUGGUUGAUGCGGAUGAUGUGAUUACCAGAGAUGAACAGAUCUACUUGCUGCUCCAUGCCAAACACAAGUGUGAACAGAAGAUGAAGCCCAGGAUAAUGACAGCUACUGAACGGUAUUGUGCGUCCCAAUGGGACGGUAUCCUCUGCUGGCCAGAAGGACUGCCGGGCAAAUUGGUUGCCAUGCAGUGCCCAGAUUAUAUUUACGACUUCAACCACGAAGGCCGCGCCUACCGCCAGUGUAACGUGGAUGGGAGCUGGGAACUCGCAGCCAUCAACAACCGCACCUGGGCCAACUACACAGAGUGCUCGGGUCACCUGCUACAUCUGAACCACAGCACGGAAAAGGAUAUCUUUGACCGGCUGUACCUCAUAUACACAGUGGGGUACUCCAUCUCAUUUGGUUCCCUCACUGUGGCUGUCAUUAUACUGGGCUAUUUCAGACGGCUUCACUGUACCAGGAACUACAUCCACAUCCACCUCUUUGUGUCCUUCAUACUCCGCGCCAUCAGCAUCUUUGUGAAGGACGCCGUCUUGUACUCGGAGAUAACUUUCUUGGAGCUGGAAGGAGGUUCCUGGGAGAACCUGAAGUUUAUCACUGACCCGCCAUCACAGGACAAGUCGCAAUUGGAUGCUAAGGUUGCUGUCACCAUUUUCCUUUAUUUCCUUGCGACUAAUUACUACUGGAUUCUGGUGGAAGGCCUGUAUCUCCACAGCCUCAUCUUCAUGACGUUUUUUUCGGACAAGAAGUACCUUUGGGGCUUCACCUUAAUAGGCUGGGGGGUCCCUGCCGUAUUCGUGGCUGCGUGGGCGAGUGUCAGAGCGACUCUGGCCGAUACUGAGUGCUGGGAUUUAAGUGCGGGGAACUUAAAGUUGAUUUAUCAGCUACCGAUUCUGGCUUCAAUAUUGGUGAACUUCAUGCUUUUCAUCAACAUAAUCAGACUGUUAGCCACGAAACUAAGAGAGACCAACGUGGGAAGGUGUGAUAGUCGGCAGCAGUACCGGAAGCUGCUGAAGUCCACCCUGGUCCUAUCUCCGCUGUUUGGAGUGCAUUACAUUGUGUUCAUGGCUAUCCCGUACACCGACGUCUCUGGGAUUCUCUGGCAAAUCCAGAUGCAUUAUGAAAUGUUCUUCAAUUCCUCUCAGGGCUGUUUUGUGGCUGUCAUCUACUGCUUUUGUAAUGGAGAGGUGCAGAGUGAGAUCAAGAAAGCGUGGGCGCGUUGGAUCCUGGCGUUGGACUUCAAGCGCAAGGCUCGUAGCGGCAGCGCGGCCUACAGCUACGGGCCCAUGGUGUCGCACACCAACAACAGCAUCAGCGGCAACGUGCCGACGCGGGCGGCGCAGCCGGCGAACCUCGGCGGUCGCGGCGGCGGUCGGACCAACGGGCACUGGAACCUGCCGGGCUACGUGAAGAGCAGCUCGGUGUCGGAGAACUCCCACCCCUCCUCCCUGCCGGAGCACUACGGCAAGGACGAGGAGAACGCCAAGGCCCCGGACUCCGGCAAGCCCUCCUUGGUUGUGGAGGAGGAGAGGGAGACCGUAAUGUGACUGCUGGGGGUGUGUGUGGGGGGGGGGGGUGGGGG